UCUCUCUUGAUCCCUCUCCCAUUGAAGACACUUGCGAAGUCUCGACCUUCGUAUUCUCAAGAUUCGCAAGAUUCCUCCUUUGCGGAUCCCUAUUUGGAGAUUUGAUUUUCAGUUCUAGCGGCAUUGGUGCUGAUAGUGUUGAUGGAGAGAGCAUUGAGAAUGAAAAUGUGGUUCUAAGUCUUAGAGCAACUCCAAAGCUACUCUUUAUUUUGUGGCCCCAAGAAUUGAUGAAGAUAGUUAAAGAAGAGACUAAACAAGAAGAACUCAUAAUAUCAAAACUAGUGAAGAUAGUGACGGAAGAGAUCAAACCAGCAAAACCCACAAUUCCAGAGUCGGUGAAAACGAAAAAGGAAGAGACCAAACCAGCACAACCCACAAGGCCUAGAAGGGCACACAAUGUCAAGAGGAUGUCGAGUGUAGAGUUGCAGGCAGAGUCUCUGUUGAAAACAAAAGCAGGUCAUCUGAAGGAAUUUUACAAUUUAGGACAAAAACUAGAACACGGGCAAUUUGGGACUACAUUUCUCUGUGUGGAGAAAGAAACAAGGAAGAAAUAUGCUUGCAAAUUCAUUGCAAAAAGGAAGUUACUGACAAAGGAUAAUGUGGAUGAUGUGAGGAAAGAAAUCGAAAUCAUGCAUCACUUGUAUAGGCACCCCAAUGUUAUCUCAAUCAAAUGAGCUUACGAGGAUGCUAUGGCAGUUCAUGUUGUGAUGGAAUUGU